AUGGUGGUGCCGUUGCUGGGCGCGCUGUGGGCCCAGACCCCGCUGGAGACGCAGAUCUUUGGCUCUGUGCUGCUCUUCUCCUGGGCCGUCUACCUGUGGGAGGUGUGGCUCGCCUGGCGGCAGAGAACUGUGUUCAAGAUGACAAGCCAUGUCCCAUUGGAGUUGGGACAGAUAAUGGACGUGGAAACGUUUCAAAAAUCUCACCUUUAUCAGUUGGAUAAAAGUGCUUUCAGCUUUUGGUCAGGACUCUACUCAGAGGUCGAGGGCACUGUGAUUCUUCUGUGUGGAGGAAUUCCUUUCCUCUGGUCUGUAUCGGGAGAUCUCUCUGAAUACUCUGGCUUUGGAUCAGAGUAUGAGAUCACCCAGACCCUGGUCUUCUUGCUGCUUGCUACGCUUUUCAGCUCAGUCACAGGCCUGCCCUGGAGCCUCUAUAACACCUUCGUCAUAGAGGAAAAACACAGCUUCAAUCAACAGACUCUGGGAUUCUUUUUUAAAGACGCUAUCAAGAAGUUCGUCGUGACUCAAUGCAUCCUGUUGCCAGUGAUGGCGCUUCUGCUUUACAUUAUUAAAAUAGGGGGAGACUAUUUCUUCAUUUACGCAUGGCUUUUCACAUUGGUGGUUUCUCUGGUUCUGGUCACUAUCUAUGCAGAUUACAUCGCUCCUUUGUUUGAUAAAUUCAUUCCCCUCCCUGAAGGGGAGCUCAAGCAACAAAUUGAGGCGAUGGCAAAGAAUAUAGAUUUCCCCCUGACCAAAGUUUACGUUGUGGAAGGUUCCAAACGGUCCUCCCACAGCAAUGCUUAUUUCUAUGGCUUCUUUAAGAAUAAGCGCAUUGUGCUGUUUGAUAUGCUUCUGGAGGAUUAUUCCGCCCUUAACAAAGAGCAUCCCGAGGAUCCUGGUUCAGAGUCCCAGGUGGCUGGAGGAAAUGGUGAAGAUGCAGAAACUCAGGCCAAAGCAAAAAACAAGAAACAAGGCUGCAAAAAUGAAGAAGUCUUGGCCGUGCUGGGACAUGAGCUGGGGCACUGGAAGCUUGGCCACACCAUCAAGAACAUCGUCAUCAGCCAGAUGAACUCCUUCUUGUGUUUCUUCUUAUUUGCUGUCCUUAUUGGUCGAAAGGAGCUUUGCUACGAUACCCAGCCAACCCUGAUAGGCCUCUUGAUCAUCUUUCAGUUUAUCUUCUCGCCUUAUAAUGAGGUCCUCUCCUUUUGUUUAACUGUGUUAAGUAGACAUUUUGAAUUUCAAGCGGAUGCCUUUGCCAAGGAUCUCGAAAAGGCUAAAGAUCUGUACUCUGCGCUGAUCAAGCUGAACAAAGAUAACUUGGGAUUCCCUGUGUCAGACUGGCUGUUUUCUAUGUGGCAUUAUUCUCACCCUCCACUGUUAGAAAGACUUCAAGCACUCAAGGAGUCCAAGCAAGACUGAUUGAAAUAAACAGAUGGCUUAAAGGAGGAGCUUUUAUCCCAAAAUCAAAUUCCUAGUUUUGUUUUUUAAACUAUAUAUACAUAAAUACAUCCAUUACGAACACACCAUUCUGCGUAAGCAACAUUGUGCUCUUCACCUGAUUUGAAACAAGCUCCUAAAAAACUUGUAUUCAAUUAACUGAAAUGAAUUUUAAAGAGAAAUAACCUUGUGGGGACUGAGUUGGGGGAUGAAUGUAAUGCUU